UGGCAAAACAUCAAGGUGGCAACGCCGCACCCAUAUACACACGCUGCCGUUUGCAUUUGUCAUUUUCCGGUCGUCAUUUCAUUCGUACGCGCGACUUUUUGGCGAGUGUGUAUAAAAAUCUCCGGCUCUGCGUAAAAAACGAAUAUCGUACUGCCUAGCCACCGAAAUUAGUAAAUCAAUUGAAAACGCACAAGAUGGCCGAGAACAAGCAAGUGGAUACAGAAAUUAACGGCGAGGAUUUCACCAAGGACGUGACUGCCGACGGUCCGGGAUCUGAAAAUGGUGAUGCGGGCGCCGCCGGCUCGACCAACGGCAGUUCGGACAACCAAUCGGCUGCAUCCGGCCAGCGGGACGACGACAGGAAACUGUUUGUCGGUGGUCUGAGCUGGGAAACGACUGAGAAGGAACUCCGCGAUCACUUCGGCAAAUAUGGCGAAAUCGAGAGCAUCAAUGUCAAGACAGAUCCCCAGACCGGUCGAUCCCGAGGAUUCGCCUUCAUCGUGUUUACAAACACUGAGGCCAUUGAAAAGGUCAGCGCCGUGGAGGAGCACAUAAUCAACAGCAAGAAGGUCGAUCCCAAGAAGGCCAAGGCCAGGCACGGCAAGAUCUUUGUCGGUGGCCUCACCACAGAGAUCAGCGACGAGGAGAUUAAGACCUACUUUGGACAGUUUGGCAACAUCGUCGAGGUGGAGAUGCCAUUCGACAAGCAAAAGUCGCAGCGCAAGGGAUUCUGCUUCAUCACCUUCGAUUCAGAGCAGGUGGUGACGGAUCUGCUGAAGACGCCCAAGCAGAAGAUCGCCGGCAAGGAGGUCGAUGUUAAGCGUGCGACGCCCAAGCCGGAGAACCAGAUGAUGGGCGGUAUGCGUGGUGGCCCACGCGGCGGUAUGCGCGGCGGACGCGGUGGCUACGGAGGACGCGGUGGCUACAACAACCAGUGGGACGGACAGGGAUCAUACGGCGGCUAUGGCGGCGGCUACGGCGGAUAUGGUGCCGGUGGCUAUGGCGACUACUAUGCCGGCGGCUACUAUAAUGGAUAUGACUACGGUUAUGACGGCUACGGUUACGGCGGCGGCUUUGAGGGUAACGGCUACGGCGGAGGCGGUGGUGGAAAUAUGGGCGGUGGUCGCGGUGGACCCCGCGGCGGCGGCGGCCCCAAAGGCGGCGGUGGCGGUUUUAACGGUGGCAAGCAGCGCGGAGGCGGUGGACGCCAGCAGCGGCACCAGCCCUACUAAAAAGGGGGCAGGGGGCGUGGGCGGGCAUAUUGGGUAUCUCGCAUUCUCCGGAUAACUGCAAACUAUUUGAAUUUUACCUAGUUUAGUUUGUUAUGCAUUACUACAAGAAGCAACACACAUCUCUGCAAUGGGUAACCACAUAUAUACAUACGCCGUUGUAUAUAUCUGUAUGAAAGAAAUGAGGAAAAAUGGAAAUGAAUAGACUGGCUGGCUGGGAGCAAUAA